GUGCAGCGCGGGUCAGCAGUGGGUGCGUGAGAGUUUUGUUGGGAUUUUCGUCAGUUAAAUAAAGGCCGAGAGAACUAAGCCGCAAAAAAUCACAAAUGAUGGAUCCUGCUAAAUUGAAGGUAGUGGAAUUACGAGCGGAGCUCUCGCAAAGAGGUCUCGACGCCAAAGGAAACAAAGCUGUCUUAGUCGAGCGACUGCGAAAGGCGUUAGAAGAGGAAGGCGCGGGCGAACCGGUUGCAGAUGUCAAAGAUAUGGUAGAUAACCGUGAGAAAACACCAGAACCUAUGAAGCCAAAAACGCCAGGUAAAUCGCACCGAGGUUCAACGACAACACCAGCCAAAACUCCCACACGGAGCUCAUCAAAGUUGGCAUCGACACCUAAAUCUUCAACCAGGGAGUCUAGAUCGCAUAAUAUAUCAGUGAUAAAAGAAACGAUACUAGAAGAACCUAAAAUAGUUGAGAAACAGGUAAAACCAAUAUCGGAAAAGUCGUCAAAGCCAUCGAAUGAAAAAUCAUCCAAAUCAACACCAGAGAAAUCGGAAUCACCCUCAGAGGAGAAAUUAGAAAAAUCGAUAAAGCCAGAAGAAUUUGAGGUAAAAGAAACAAUUUUAGAAACAGUAGUUGAAGAAUCAGAUGAAGAUAAUACAGAUGGUGACAAAUGUGUCGUUACACCUGAAAAAAAACCAGUAGUAUCAUUCUCAGAGAAUUCUCCUACAUCAACGGAAAAGCUUGUUGAGCAUCCAGAAAGAUUGAAAGAUUCUCCACAAAAGAAUGUUGAACAUCUGGACAGUUUUCAUGAUUCAGCGCAAAAGCCAGCUGAAAAGGUAAUCGAACAUCCAGAGAGACUAAAAGAAUCUCCAAAGAAAUUAUCGAAGGAAACUGCAGAAAAGGAUAUUGGACAUUUCGAAAGAUUACAGGAAUCUUCUAAUACACAUGUAGAAGCACCAGAAAAAUCUGUUGAAUGUGAGGAAAGGUUAAAUGAAUCACUAAAGGUGGUUGCUGCAGAUAUACCAGAGCAAUUAGCAGAGCAUACAGACAGGUUAAAUGAAUCACCAAAGAAACCUGAAGAGAUUGAUGAAAAAUCUGCUGAACAUACAGACACGAUAGAUGAAUCUACAAAGAAGAUUUCUGUGGAGACUGUUGAACAAUCGCCAGAAAAAUCCAGGGAAAGCGAUACCAGUUUGAAAGGUUUAUCUCCUGAAACUAAAUCAAUCUCAGAAACUGAAAAAGAAAGUUGUGCAAAGGAUGACAUAAAAGAAGAUUGUAGUAUUAAAAACACGUCUGCAAGUGGUGUAAACCCUACUGCUUCAAAAGAACUUUUUCCCCAAAGUGAUGAUGAGAAUAUUGAGGAAUCUGUUACUUUGAUAGAAAAGCAAGAAUCAAUGGAUACUGAAAGUAUUACGUGCGAUGUUAAAGUUGAUGAUUCGGUAAUAAAUAAAGAAACUGUUACUGAGGUUACUGAUACGGCUGAAGAAGAUAUUGAACAGACAGAAGUAGAGGGUUGUGAAGAACAGCAAUGUGAACAAGAAGAACUACCUGACUCAGAGAUGACAGAGAGUAGCGACGUAGUUAUUAAAGAAGAUUGGAAACCAGAAAAACCACUUGAUGAUGUACAAGAUGUUGAGAUGUUGGAAUCAAAACCUGAAGAAAAAGCAGAAGAAUCAAGGGAGAAAGAUAGGAGAGAACGCAAAGAUCGGAAGCACAAGAGAUCUCCAAGUCCACAAGAAGACCAUCAAAGGACUCCACCGCGGAUAAGACAAGAGAAUGAACCAGAUGUAGAUACCACCACAGUGGUUCUAUCUUGGUUCGAUUCCGACUUAAAUCUGGACAUCGACAAGGAGGGUUUCUUCUCUGCAACUCCUCUGCACAGUGAAGGCUUUGGUUACAUUUGGGGUGGAGCAAGAGCGACACAUGGAUUCACAUCUGGUAAAAUUUACUUCGAAGUCAAACUUACUGCGGAGUGCUCAGUAAAUUUACAAGAUGAAGAGAACCUGCAUUCACUUAGAGUCGGAUGGUCUACUUCUCAGACGUCGACUCAACUGGGUGGGGAGAAACAUAGUUUUGGCUAUGAUAGGACUGGAAAAAAAUGUACAGAAAACGAAUAUGUGGAUUACGGAUCCUCCUUCGAAAAAGACGAUGUAAUUGCGUGUUACCUUGACAUGUCAGAUGAAACUGACGUGGUGAUUUCAUUUGCUCGUAACGGUGAACAUCUCGAAACGGCGUUUACUGUGAAGAAAGAAGACCUCGGGGACGAUGCUCUGUUCCCACAUGUGCUCAGCAAGAACUGUACGUUUUCGUGCAAUUUUGGUCAGGAAGAACCUUGGAGUGCAAAUAUCUUGGAAGAGUAUAUUCCUGUAGGAUGCAUUGAAUUAAAGGACAGGGUUCAGGGUCCACAAAGACCUGAGAAAAAAGAAGAUUGUGAAGUUAUCAUGAUGUGCGGUUUGCCUGGCUCUGGCAAGACAACAUGGGCCACGAAGUAUGCACAGGAUCACCCGCAGAAGAGAUACAACAUCCUGGGAACUGGUCAACUCAUUGAUAAAAUGGAAAUUAUGGGAGUUCCGCGAAAGAGGAAUUUCAAAGGCCGCUGGGAGGUACUCAUUGAGAAGUGUACUCGUGCUCUAAACAAGUUGCUCGACAUGGCAUCCACAAGAAGGCGCAAUUUCAUCCUUGAUCAGACAAACGUAUAUCCUUCCGCACAAAGGCGCAAAAUGAGGCAUUUCUAUGGAUUCCAACGGCGGGCGGUAGUUGUAGUACCGACGGACGAAGAGUUCAAGUUGCGCUCGGCUAAGCGCGAAGCGAUCGAAGGCAAGGACAUUCCUGAUUCCGCGGUCGUGGAAAUGAAAGCGAACUUCAGCGCUCCAGCGGUAGGAGACUGCUUUGAUGCGGUCGAGUGGGUGGAACUAGCCGAAGAAGAAGCUAAAAAGCUCAUCGAAAAGUACAAUAAAGAGGGAAAGGAUGCUGGAUACGGACAAGCGCAACCACAGAGCAAGAGACCGCGUCUCGAGAGGAGCGACAGUCACAGGGACAGUCGUGACUCUCGGACCAGUCGCGACAGCAGAGAUAGUCGGGAUCAUCGCGACCGAAGGACUGGAUACGUCGACAGAAAUCGCAACGCCGGUGGUUGGCGAGGGGGCAGCGCCACUGGUUGGAGGGACAGGCCACAACGUGGUGGCCACAUGAGACAUGGCGGUGGGUACGGUACCCCUGGAGGCUGGAGAGGUAGAGGUGGACCUCAACAACCGCACCGUGGAGGUGACAGAAGAGGAACUGACAGAAGGUCGAGCAGCGAUCGCAACAGACUUACGCCUGCUCGGCAGAACUGGGGUCCGAUGAAUUACCAAAACUCGCAACAGCCAUCGAAUUGGAACCAACAAGGCUGGAGUGGAAACCAGUCGCAGCAAGGUUGGGGCCAACAAGGGAGCUGGGGUCAGCAGCAAUGGUCAAACUGGAAAGGUGCAGGCCAAGGGGGUUACGGUCAGUCGGGAUAUGGACAGCAGAACUACGGGAACGGUAACUGGAGCGACUGGAACCAACAGUAUUACAAUCAACAGUAUUGGGGCCAACAGCAGCAAACUGGACAAUCGACUGCAGCUGGUGGCCAAGCUGCAACCACCGCAGUGGCCACAACUACACCGGCAACCCCGACCAGCACGUCGGCAUACAAUUAUUCCCAAAAUUGGCAUGGUUAUGGGCAAUCUUACGACUAUUCUGACCAGAGUACUACCGCGGACACCCAAAAAGUUCAACAACAAAAAUAGGAGCACCAACUGUCCCGCCCAAGACUGUACACUUACGUUGAUGUACGGCGCUCUAUUUUUUCGUAGUUAAUAUUGCAUAGCCAUACUGUGAACGAUAUAAUUGCAGCAAUAGUCGGCAUGCUUUCACAUAGAAAGAAAGGAGUAGAAUAACCUACAUUGUAGUUCUGUCUUCGUUAUCUCUCCUUGCACCGCUGGUUAUUAUUUAUGCGAACGAUCACCUGCAAGCUUGGUACCUCGAUACUGGGAAGGUGUUUGUAGGGCUUUCUUUUUACGAAUGGGUUUUAUUUCAACCUCGAUAGCUGUCCGACUAGAGCUGUAGUACUUGUAACCAAGAUAAUUUGCAAGGUACCUCGUGUAACCGAGCUACAAGGUAUUACACAUAAAAGACAGGGCAUUCGAUCGAAGGAAAACCACUACAUAUCGUGUAACAUCGCUGAACUGGCUGAUGACGCUCUGGCGUUGACUAGUUUUUAUUGAAGGGAAAGGAAAAAAAAAAGUUAUGUAAAUAUAUGUAUAGAUCGCACAGCAGAACGAUAUCCACCGAUCGAUGUAUCAAUGUUAUGUCAAGUAAUUUUACAUUCGAAAGUAACAUUUGGAAAUAUCCACGUGCUUUUUAGCCCAGUCGCUUGUGUGUCGUUUCAUUGUAUCCGUUCGAAUGUUGUUCCGUAAUGGAAAUUUCAUGUUGACGAUUUUACUCGAAUUCAAUAGUCCUACAUGUGUUCGGGCACAUUUUGUACAUUGUCUUAAUGUAUAAGCUGACGCAUGAUCACAAUCACGACAUACGAAAAGAAUAAAUUAUUUUUUUGUGUUCGGCCUAUGUUGCAUGCUUGUUCGGAGGUACCUGGUGCAGGAAAUUUUAAUCUUUGGUGUAUCUCGGUUGCGCACCUCGUGGUAAAUUAUAAAAACUUGUAUAAUAUUCCAAACGAGAGGCCCGUUACAUCCGACCAGAUUAUAAUACGAUCUCUAAACGAUAGAAACGUGCGAUUUAGUUUUAAAUGGUGCAUCUUUCGUCCAUGGAAAAAGAAGACUGCCAAGAUAUAUUGCACCAGAUCAUGUAUCAACUAUCUAGCAUAUUUCAUUCACUCGUUAAUUUUGUUUGGAAUCCAAAGUGAGAAUUAGAUCUUUUCAUUUCGUGGCAGGAACUCGAUAAAGCGAUACAAAUGCGAUUACGUUCGAUGUAUAUUCCUAUGUCGAAUGACUUGUUUGUAUGUCUAGUACCGCUUGCAGUCAUGAAACAAACUUCUACAGAUUUCAGCGACAUCAGUUAUAAUAGAUUAUAGUUUUACGAGUUUAUAUCCGCUAUAAACGAAAUACUUUGCAUAUUGAGUGGUGUAUUUUAAGGAAACUUAAAUUCCCAAAUUAUGGGAGAAGAAAAACCAACCAGAACCUAUUGUGUUACUGGCUAAGUAGAUAGUCCGGCCGUCUUUGUUGCUAUCGUUUUACUAUUGAUGUACAGUAAAAUGAUAACUACGUUAUUUCAACCUUGUAAUAGUAGUCGUAUUGUCUCCUUUUCCUGUGACAUAUUGUACAGUACACGACGAGUUCUUUGUAAGAUCCAAAAAAGGAAUGGUAGCACUUAGUACGUAGGUUAUAUUGUAGGACUAGUGUGGAGAUUAGGACAUCAAGGGAUGAAAAAUAUGACAUAUUUUUUAAGAGAUAACCAGAAGAUUUAUUUAAACUAGGCGUAUAACAUGUAUCGACUACUACCAUUAUGUUACCGCGUUUGGAAAUCCUCGAACGGUUUGGAAUGAAUUGUAAAAAUUCGAUCACGUUUUGCACACUGUGAUUGAGGUUUUUCUAUUCACUAAAGGAAAAAAAAGUAACGAGUACAUUAAAAGAU